AUGAUGAGAAUCUUCCUGAUCGCAGUAAUUGCAGUUCUUGCUAUCUCCGCCCAUGAUCACCAUCAUGGAGGUGGAGGAAGUGACCAUCAUUCAAGUAGUGAUAGUGGACAUCACCAUCACCAUGGCGGAGGAGGUGGAGAUCAUCAUCACCAUCAUCAUCACCUCGUGUCUGAUUACAGUAACUCCAAUUCUGACUCCAGUAGCUCUGGAAGCUCAGGCGGAAUUGGAUUAGGACGACUCUUGUUUGGAGGACUAUUCAGACGACGAAACUACUACCCAAGCUACUACGGCUAUGGAAACUAUAACCGAGGAUACUGUAGAGUUGCUCAAUUUGUCGACUACGUUGGACAGACACCCCGCUACUACUGUGACUGUCCACCAUAUCCUCCAAAUUAUCAAUGGAACCAGUGUGUGCCAAUGGCGAACUAUGCAUAUGGAAAGAAAUGA